AUGGCUAAAGGAUAUAAAUUAAAGGAACUAUUAAGAAACGAAAAGGAGAAACAAAAAUUAGAGAAAUUAAAAGAGGCAAAACAGGCUAAGAAUAAAGAAGAAUUAAAGAAAGAUGAAGUUACUGUGGUAGAUCAUUCUACAUUAAUUGAAAAGGAACAAGAAAAGCUACAAGGGGAAAUUGAUGAUGAAGCAGUUGUAAAAGACAACUGUAAGGAAAAAGAAUAUAAGAGUGAAGCAUUAUCGAAUAAGGAAAGAAGAAAAUUAAAGAAGCAACAAAAGAAGGAAGAAAUAUUGAAGGCAAAGGAACAAGAAGAAAAAGCUGAAAAAGAAGAAGAAGAGCAAGAUGAUGAUGAAGAAGAAGCUAGGACUUUAGAUUUAAAUAAAUUACAAGAGAGUGAGAGUGAAAGUGAAAAAGAUAAUGAGGAAGAAAAGAUAGACAAAGAGGAGGAGGAGGAGGAAGAAGAAGAAGAAGAAGAAGAAGAAGAAGAAGAAGAAGAUGUGCCAUUAUCAGAAGUUGAGUUUGAUAGUGAUGCAGAUGUUGUACCACACAGUAAAUUAACUAUUAAUAAUGUCAAAGCAAUUAAACAUUGUUUAGAAAGAGUAUCAUUACCAUGGUCUAAACAUUCUUUUGAAGAACAUCAAAGUAUUGUUUCCAAAGAAAAUACUGAUUUGACUAUAAAGGAUAUAUAUGAUGACACUGAAAGAGAAUUAGCUUUUUAUAAACAGUCCUUGGAUGCAGUCAACGAAAGUUACGAAAUUUUACACAAGAAACUUAAAAUACCAUUUAUUAGACCAUUAGAUUAUUUUGCAGAGAUGGUUAAGAGUGAUGAACACAUGGAUAAGAUUAAGAGUAAGUUGAUUGCCGAAGCAAGCGAAAGAAAGGCCCGUGAAGAGGCACGUAGACAGAGGCAAUUGAAGAAGUUUGGUAAACAAGUUCAGAUUGCUACGUUACAAAAGAGACAGUUAGAGAAGAAAGAGGCAUUGGACAAGAUUAAGAGCUUGAAGAAGAAGAGAAAACAAAAUGAAAUCAGUGGUGAAGACUUUGAUGUGGAGAUUGAAGAUGAAUUUGGCAGUAGUGAUAGACACGACAAUAAGGAUAGAUGGACCUUACAUAAGCCUAGUGCCAAGAGAGCUGCUAAGAAUAAUAAAUACGGUAAAGGUGGUUUAAAGAGAUUUAAAAGGAAGAACGAUGCUGAAUCGUCUGCAGAUAUUACCGGAUUUUCCCAUAAGAAAAUGAAAGGUAGUAGUGGUAAUAGACCAGGUAAGUCUAGACGUCAACGUCGUUACUAA